AUGGUUAAGGUGUCCAAAGCAGCAGCGGACCUGAUGGCGUAUUGCGACGCCCACAUACGUGAGGACCCCCUCAUCGUGCCCGUGCCCGCCUCGGAGAACCCCUUCCGGGAGAAGAAGUUAUUCUGCACCAUCCUCUGAUGCCCAGUAGGGGGCAGACCAGCCUUAGGCCGGGCCCUGGUUCAGGCAUGGAAUAACGCCUGGCGUCUCCUCUUCUGUCUUCACCGUACCUGAAGCUAACAACACGCUGUGAACGAAACCAGGAAGUGACUGCCCUUUCAGCCUUGUAGUUUUUCAACUUUUAGAGAUUUUUUUUCUUUUUUCUAAUGGUCUUCAAGUGCAAAUAAAAAACAUGUGAAAAUGUUCUUCAUUAAAAAAAUCUUCAUGUAAAGGCAUCUGAUAGAAGUAGAUUCAUCCAAAAAACACGAAUAUAAUUACACAUAUCACAAAUGUUAUGAUAUAAUCUUGAAGCCCAUUGAAAAGAUGGGGACAGUAAAGUGGAAGUGAUCAUUCCUUUCAGUGAACUCACUUUACUACCAACUGGCAUAACAUCUUACUGGCUACUGUUGAAUCGAGGUUGCCAGGUACACACUGUUGUUGGUCAGCUCUGUCCCUAGGGGCUGAAGGGUUGGGUGGGUUAGAUACCUUUUACAUCUGACAACCCUAGUGAGCUUAUUUGAGUGUAAAAGUCUGGCUCCAGUUAUUUGAGAACUUUUCCCUUUGGAAAAACGAUAUUCCAAAUAUAAAUACAUUAAAGUACAACAACAAAAAUGUUUUUUUUUUAAAUGUAGUUUUUUUGUUUUUGUUUUACACAAUUGCAAAAUUCAAGAUGGUCUAAUGCUGCACUCUGUUAUCAGCCUGUCCCCUUGCUUGAGGAAACAAUAGAGCAGUAAUUGAGGACAAAAGAGAGAGCCCCCCCCCAUAUGUCAUGAGGAUACCUGAAGCACCUUUCGAGAUGUACCUUUUGUUAAGUAAAUCAUGUGAUAAAUGAGGUUCUAGGAAGGCUGGAGUGAGUCUUUAACGUCUCCUGUAUCUUUGAUAGGUUGGUUAUUAGUGUUUUGGUUUGUAAAAGUCUGGUAGCUGUCCUCAAAAUGUGCAGGUUUUCCAGAAAUCCUGGUUGGAAGAUUCCUGGAAUUAUGAGGAGAAAACAGGAAAUCAGUAAUGCUCCCACAAUGAUUCCUGGAAUUAUGAGGAGAAAACAGGAAAUCAGUAAUGCUCCCACAAUGAUUCCUGGAAUUAUGAGGAGAAAACAGGAAAUCAGUAAUGCUCCCACAAUGAUUCCUGGAAUUAUGAGGAGAAAACAGGAAAUCAGUAAUGCUCCCACAAUGAUUCCUGGAAUUAUGAGGAGAAAACAGGAAAUCAGUAAUGCUCCCACAAAGAUUCCUGGAAUUAUGAGGAGAAAACUGGAAAUCAGUAAUGCUCCCACAAUGAUUCCAGGAAUUAUGAGGAGAAAACAGGAAAUCAGUAAUGCUCCCACAAUGAUUUCUGGUAAACCAGCGAAUUUGGGGAAAGUUCCCAGAAUUCUGCACCCUAAUUUGUUGGUUGUUAGAGAACAGCCUUAAUUAGUGCUUUAUGAUGAGAUGUUUUUAUUAUCAACGUGUAUUUUCUGCUCAUUAUGCUGGAUUAUUUUAUUGACAUGCCUCAGGAAACAAACAAACGGUGUUAUUUUUUAUUUGAUAUCGUCUUCAAACUCAAAGCUCGUUGAGUGUAUACCCAUGAUGUGUGUAAAGCACGUUAGUUUCCACUGUCCCCCCCCCCCCCCCCCGCCUACCAAUCUAACUACCGUUUACUACCAUAUUAAACAUCCUGCCGUUUGACAGGUUGAGUAAAGUAGGACAGGUGUGUAACCUUGUGCUAUGUUAUCUUUCUCUCAACACUCUGUUCUAUUUUACAAUAUACUCUUUUCUGAAUGCGUACUCAAUACUCCAAACAGUUGUGUGCUUUGACAUUUAGGAAAAGUGUGGAUGUUGUGAAUGUGUCUACAAGAACAGAAGUGCAUAUUUAUUCUGUUUUCGGUCUACAGGAGCCCUGUGCUUGAGUCCCAUCUGUUGAUAUAGUGUACCACAUAUCCCUUUCAUUUACAGACAAAUCCCCCUAUUUUAACAGCUUUUUAUACCAGCUCUUUUUGUAUAUCUGAUAGGGGUAGUGGGUAAAAACACAAGGAGAAAUAAAACCCACCUAAAGACCUAGUUGCGAUUCCUGCAUUUUCACAGACUCUGUAACCAACAUGCAGGUAUCAGGUCUCGGUGGUUCUCUACAUUACAAUAAGGGGCUCAUAUAAACAUUACCUUUUCUUUUUUACAGGUAAUAUGCCACAUCUUCUGUCUGAAAUGGGUAAAAGAGAUGGAAUAGUUGUUUCUCUAUAGAGUGCACUAUGGAGAGCUGUCAACUCUGGGCCAACCCCUCUCAUACACACCUGAGCCCCGGUUCACUAUGUAUGGUUAGACUCGGGUGUAACAUCCAACGAGCAGUAAUUCUAACCAGGCAACUAAAAAUUAAGACACGUUUUAAAGGCAUUACACAGUAUACAGUUAUUAUACUAUAUACAUUUUACAUCUCACCCUUACUUACUCCUCAUCAUAUAGGAUCUUACUACUGGUGUCCCCCAGGGCUCUGUACUAGGUCCUCUAAUAUCUCACUACUGGUGUCCCCCAGGGCUCUGUACUAGGUCCUCUAAUAUCUCACUACUGGUGUCCCCCGGGGCUCAGUACUAGGUCCUCUAAUAUCUCACUACUGGUGUCCCCCAGGGCUCUGUACUAGGUCCUCUAAUAUCUCACUACUGGUGUCCCCCAGGGCUCUGUACUUGGUCCUCUAAUAUCUCACUACUAGUGUCCCCCAGGACUCAGUACUAGGUCCUCUUUAAUCGAUCCUACAUCAAUCUGAUGCCAAACCAGUCUAUCCUGCUUUAACUGCAGAACAUAAACAUUUUGCCCAAAGCCGUCUGAUAAUAUUGAACUUUACUAUUUUUGACACAACUUUUCUGUUUCUUAUUCCUUCGUUUUAUUAUAAAAACCGCUUCAUUUGUUUCCUGAGCCUGUUUCUUUUUCCUAUCUAUUUGUUGCCUGUUGUGUCCUGAGUGAGUGAGUGAAUUGUUGAAUGGCAAGUUUUUAUACCUUACAGCCAACCAACCCAAGGCCUGCAUGUUUCUCUCUAUGCUACAUCCAGGUCUAGGAUUGGUCAAUUACGGAAACUUCGCCAGGAUUCCAGAUUUCCUGAUGAUUUCUUCCAACUGGGAUUUCUGGGAAAAACCUGGUAAUUUUGGGAAGGUUACCGGAAAUGUCUGACUGUCUCCUCUUUUGCCGACAGGGCUCAAAGUAUUUUAGAGGGUGCAUCUGAAAUGGCCCCCUAUUUCCUAUAUUAGUGCACUACUUUAGACCAGGGCUCUGGUCAAAAUAAGUGCACUAUGUAGGGAAUAGGGUGCCAUUUGGGACUCAGUCAGAGUGUGCAGUCAGUCAGUGUGUAAGUCAUCAGUGGAUGUUGGAGGCCUAUUCUCUACGACACUGGCAACCCACAGGCUUGUAUUUUGUCUUCAAAAAGCACAAUGUGUCAAAGCGUUUCUUGUUCGUGGUGGUAGAUACCUAUUCAGCACAUUUUUUCAAAAACAAAUACAAAAAAUAUUAUUGUUAUUAUUAGUUGUAUUUAUUAUUAUUAUUAUUAUUAUUGUAAUAUAUCUGUGGCACAGCACUGACGAUGACAACAACAUGGUGUGUAGUGCUACUGAUUGAGAUUGUAUGAUACUUACGUUUAAACCAUUUAUAAAAUGUGUGAUUGAUACUCCUGAGUAUUUUUUAACAAAAACUUAUAUAAGGGUCUGUUUACAUGUUAUAUGAUCCCUUUUUAUGGUUCAGGUUUCAUCUGCUUCAAACACUUUACAUUCUGUAAAAAGGUUUCAUCUGCUUCAAACACUUUACAUUCUGUAAAGAAUCAAAUUAAAAUGGUUUUGUUUAGGCUUGCAAAAUUAGAAUAACUUUUUCAAAAUUCUCACAUUUUCCAGAAAUACCGUUGUAAAAUUUACAAAAGUAGGAGGGAAUAAGCAGCAAAUACAGACUUCACAAGGAUUUCAGGAAAAUCUGGGAAUUUUUGGAAAGUUACCAGAAUUUUGCAACCCUGUUUUUUGUUGCUGUCGUUGUUCUUGGUACUUUACAGUAGUAGCCUAGUGUUUCCUCAUUAGGUGUCAUGCAUCUUUCCUAGCCUACGUACCAGUCUGUUUGUGCCAUCCUGACACUCGUUGGUACCCAAGCUACACAAUUCCUUGAACUGUCCUUGAACAGUCACUGAAACCAGAUAUUGGACUUGACUCAGACUUUAGUUUGUGUUUGUGUGAACUCUUCAGGGUCUCAAAUCCAACAGACCUCAGUUAAAGGGUGGUGCCAAAUCUGAACAUGAAACACAGGCUACGUCCCAAAUGGCACCCUAUUCCCUACAUAGUGCACUACUUUAGACUAGAGCCCCUAUUCCCUAUAUAGUGCACUACUUUAGACCAGAGCCCCUAUUCCCUACAUAGUGCACUACUUUAGACCAGAGCCCUAUGGCACCCUAUUCCCUACAAUAGUGCACUACUUUAGACCAGAGCCCUAUUCCCUACAAUAGUGCACUACUUUAGACCAGAGCCCUAUUCCCUACAACAGUGCACUACUUUAGACCAGAGCCCUAUUCCCUACAAUAGUGCACUACUUUAGACCAGAGCCCUAUGUAAUGCCCUAUGGGUCCUGGUCAAAAUAGUGCACUGUUAAGGGAAUAGGGUGCCAUUUGGGACACAGCCAUGGAUUUCAUGUCUCAAACAUGAACUUUGCACGAAUUUAUUUCUGACUGAAGAAUCUUAUUAUGAGAAAUAUUGCCUAUGUUAAUGUCUUUGUUCCAAAUGGCACCUUAUUCCCUAUGAGCCCUGGUCAAAAGCAGAGGACUAUAAAGGGAAUCGGGUGCCAUUUGGGAUCCAACAAUGUAUAGAUUAUGGGUGCUUUACUUAAUGCACAUAUUGUGUAGAGGUUUGGUUGCUUUAGACGCGCAGCUGUGCAAAUCAAUGGAAUUACUUAUUUUAAAAAUAAAAUGUAUAAAUUAAUUGCAGGCUUUGUAUUUACCCCGUAGCUGGAUCAACAUGAAUUAAAUGAAAUGGCAACCCAA